GUUCAGCUCGUCCAGGCAACUUGUUUUCUUUCUUCAACUCACUCGAGCUGUCCUGCCCUGUUCGAACUUUCUGCCGAUACAUCCAGUGUUGACGAUAAAACCAAGAUGGCAAGCAGGCCUUGACCAGACGAAUCCGACCACCACUCAUCAACUAUUUCUGACACGGAGCCGGGCCAACGAGCGACCUGGCAUAUGUGCCCUUUGGCCUCACUUGAACAACAAACACAGCAUCCGGCACAGCUUUGAUAGCUCGCCUUCCCACCCAAGCCCAACGAGCAGAGGCAGGCCUGAGCUCGUUCGAGGUAGAUCGCUUGAUCCGCAACCAAUUACUUUCGACCCGAUACUCAUCAACUUGACGGGCAUUAACCCGACACAGCCUUCAAUAUCCAACAAUGACAACAAGCACCCAACGAGCCAUCGAAACACUUGCAACUAUGGUUAGGAGAGAUAACCAAGAGGUUCUGCUCACCGAUAGCAGACCUCCACCAAGUCCCACCUCCUUCAACCCAUCAAUAUUAACCCAGGGGUCCUGGACCACCAAGAUCUCGGGCCUCCCAACAGCCAUUGCGCCUCCGUCUUCCACGUCCAGCAGUGUUACAUCAGGCAGCACUGAUACCGGAUCCCUCAACCACGGAACCAGUAUAAGCCUGAUUCUGCUGCUCAGCUUGUCCGUCGCCGUCAUAAUUUGGAUUCUGUCUUGUGUCCUAAUCAACCGACGACGCAGAGCCGGUGGGCUGAGCGUUCCACGACUAUGGCCCUCCUUCUUCCUGUUCACCUUUUCGGGAAAAGGCAGAGCUCAUUUCACAUUCAGAACCAAGCGCUCAGACAGCCGAACGUCGCUGCUUCCAAGCGGUCGCCUCGCUGCCGGGGCAGAGCUGGGAUACCGAGAGAUGCCUCCGGGACCGGGCAAUGGACGCGGUGUGGGACAGGGACAGACAGCCGUCGCAGCAUGGACACGCCCCCCUCCCGUCGAACUCGACGGUCAAGGCAUCGGAGACCCGCCGAUCCGAGCAGACUGGGUCUCGCGAAUGUCGAGCUUCUUGGCCACGGGGAGGGGAGGGAAAGGACAUCAUCAUCGUCGGAUGGAUUCAUCGCUCAGAGCGACACGAUCAAUCCGGGAAUCGUUUGGUGAGAAGAUUAAUGACCCAGGAGUAGCAGUGUUGAUUCGGGAACCGAGGAAUACGCUUUCGCGGUAUUCGAGGGCUAUUUCGGAAAAGGCUCUACCGGAAAUCCCAGAGUCGGAGGAAACCGUGCCGACUACUAGACUUAGUAGCCCGCGGAGGCAUUGGGAGAGGACGGCGUCACGGAAUACUUUCGGGUCAUUGAAGGGGGGGUCGUUCCGUGAUUGCCAUCAUGAUCAAACAUUGUGAGGUUGACCGGUGACCGUCAUCGGCUUCGGGGCUAUGGUCUCGUCGGAUCUCGAUGUCAAAAGUG